AUGUCGUUUAGGGUGGUUCGUAGUUCUAAAUUCCGCCACGUAUAUGGGCAGGCCCUGAAAAGGGAGCAGUGUUAUGAUAACAUCAGAGUGUCCAAAAGUUCAUGGGACUCUACAUUUUGUGCCGUGAAUCCGAAGUUUCUGGCCAUCAUUGUCGAAUCCGCUGGCGGUGGAGCGUUCAUCGUCCUACCACAUAAUAAGGUUGGACGGAUACCAGCGGAUCAUCCACUCGUCGGAGGGCACAAGGGCCCGGUGCUGGACAUCGCCUGGUGUCCCCACAACGACAAUGUUAUCGCCAGCGGUUCAGAAGACUGCGUUGUCAAGGUGUGGCAAAUUCCUGAUGGAGGCAUCUCGCGUACGCUGACGGAACCGGUGGUGGAUCUCGUGUACCACCAGCGACGCGUGGGGCUUGUGCUAUGGCACCCGACCGCGCAGAACGUGUUACUCACCGCCGGGUCCGACAAUCAGAUCGCCAUAUGGAACGUUGGUACGGGCGAGGUACUGCUCAGCCUAGACUGCCACCCAGACCUCAUCUACUCCGCCUGCUGGAAUUGGAACGGUUCCAAACUGCUGACCACCUGCCGCGACAAGAAGAUCAGGAUUAUCGAUCCACGCAAGGGUGAAGUGGAGGCGGAGGCGAUCGCCCACGAAGGCAGCAAGGCCUCGCGUGCCAUAUUCCUCAAGCACGGCUUAGUGUUUACUACAGGGUUCAGUCGGAUGUCGGAGCGUCAAUACUCGCUGCGUACUCCGGACGCGUUGGGCGAGCCGAUCGUUACCGUCGAGAUCGACACCAGCAACGGGGUCAUGUUCCCGCUGUACGAUCCCGACACGAACCUGAUCUACCUCUGCGGCAAGGGCGACUCCGUUAUACGGUACUUUGAGGUGACCCCCGAGCCGCCAUUCGUUCAUUACAUCAACACUUUUCAGACUCCAGACCCUCAGAGGGGUAUUGGCAUGAUGCCGAAGCGAGGCUGUGACGUUGCUACAUGCGAAAUAGCGAAGUUCUAUCGCCUUAACAACUCUGGCCUGUGUCAGGUGGUAUCCAUGACGGUGCCGCGAAAAUCGGAGCUGUUCCAAGAGGACCUAUACCCGGACACGCUGAGUGACGAGGCUAGCCUCACGGCUGACGAGUGGCUCGCCGGCGAGGACGCAGAACCAUGCACUAUGUCGCUCAAGGAGCGUGCGGUGGUGGUACAGGGCGGCUACGUGUCGGGGCGCGCGCAGCAGCUGACGGUGAGCAAGCGCAGCAACGCGCUGGCCACGGGCCGCGAGCGCGAGAAGGAGCGCGAGCGCGACAAGGACCGCUCGGCGUCGCCCGCGCCGCGCCGCGACGACAGCCAGGCCGGCACGCCCGCCUCCGCCACGCCGCCGCCCGCGCCCGCGCUUAGCGCCAUUGAGAAACAGCUGUCGGACCUCGUGGAGGAAAUACGCAAACUGAAGUCCGUGAUCGUGAAGCAAGAGAAUCGCAUCAGGGCGCUGGAAGCCGCGGCGAAGGCUGCGAUGGCGCCGCCUCCGGAGCCCGAGCCGCAGGCCGAGCCGCAGCCGCACCACAACCACCGCAGCGCCGCCAGCCCCGCCUCCCCCGCCUCCCCCGCCCCCGACACCAUGGCCCCCGACGAGGUCUGA